UAACCCCACACGGCUCGUUGUCCGUACUCUCCCGACUCUCUCUGUAGUUAUUUGAGGGAGGCGCUAGAGCCAUAUCUCCACUUUACAAAAUAAAGGCAGAAGUAACGGCACUGUCUUGAGAGAACAAAUCAAGCCAAAGCUGUGCAAACAGACUCUUGCGUCUCUCUCUCUGUGGCGUCGGAGUGUGUGCGGCCGAUGCGCUGCAGGCUGAAGCGUUCGGAGGCUCGUAUCCAGUUUAAAUCCUGCGCUCACCCUCUGUUGAGUAUAUGUGGAGCUCAAGCGACACUUCUAUGAGAAUCCCCACUGAACGGCGAGACGAAGUUUGGUUGUUUUCCUAAACCGGGGGUGCUGGGGAGAGUCGAGGAGAGAGAGAGAGGGCGAAAGAUGGUUUUGAACAGCCUCCCGUGCGUCCUGGUUUCGCUGUGCUUGGUUUUUUUCUCGUCUUCUCCGUGCAAAGCUCGGAUUUACACCAACCACUGGGCUGUUCGGAUAGCCGGCGGACCUGAGCAAGCAGAGCAUAUCGCCAAUAAAUAUGGGUAUAGAAACCUGGGCCAGAUUGGUGAUCUGAAGGACUACUACCAUUUCUUCCACAGCCGGACGAUAAAAAGGUCGACGCUUUUCAGCAGAGGCACACACAGCUUCAUCUCCAUGGAGCCAAAGGUGGAAUGGGUGCAACAGCAGGUCGUGAAGAGGAGAAUAAAGCGAGAUUAUAAACCCUCAUAUCCUGGUCCUGUACAAUCCAGUAUGGUCCAGUCCAACUCCAUUUACUUCAAUGAUGCUAAAUGGAGCAGUAUGUGGUAUAUACACUGUAAUGAUAACAUCCAUAACUGUCAGUCUGACAUGAAUAUCGUGGGCGCAUGGAAGAGAGGCUACACGGGGAAGGAUGUGGUGGUUACCAUUCUGGAUGACGGUAUCGAGAGGAACCACCCAGAUCUCAUACAGAACUAUGAUAACGAGGCCAGUUAUGAUGUGAACGGUAAUGACAUGGAUCCCAUGCCCCGAUAUGAUGCCAGUAAUGAGAACAAGCAUGGCACGAGGUGCGCUGGUGAAGUAGCAGCAUCCGCCAACAACUCUCACUGCACGGUGGGCAUUGCUUACAACGCCAAAAUUGGGGGUGUCCGCAUGUUGGACGGAGAUGUGACAGACAUGGUAGAGGCCAAAUCACUGAGUCUACACCCUCAACACAUAGAUAUUUACAGUGCCAGCUGGGGUCCAGAUGAUGAUGGCAAAACUGUGGAUGGGCCUGCUUCACUCGCCAGACAGGCCUUUGAAAACGGCAUCAGACUGGGCAGGAAGGGACGGGGCUCAAUCUUUGUUUGGGCAUCAGGAAAUGGUGGUCGGAGUCGUGAUCACUGUUCAUGUGAUGGCUAUACCAACAGCAUCUACACGAUUUCCAUCAGCAGCACGGCAGAGAGCGGCCGCAAGCCCUGGUAUCUGGAAGAGUGUUCCUCAACCCUCACCACCACCUACAGUAGUGGAGAGAAUUACGACCGUAAAAUCAUCACAACAGAUCUGAGGCAGCGCUGCACAGACAGUCACACUGGAACAUCAGCAUCAGCUCCAAUGGCGGCAGGGAUCAUUGCUCUUGCUCUGGAAGCAAAUCCUUUCCUGACGUGGCGAGAUGUACAACACAUUAUAGUGAAGACAUCUCGUGCUGGCCAUCUCAGUGCUCCUGAUUGGAAAACCAACGCAGCUGGUUAUAAUGUCAGUCACCUCUAUGGCUUUGGGCUGAUGGAUGCGGAGGCCAUGGUGAAAGAGGCAGAACGCUGGAAACAGGUUCCCCCACAGCAUAUCUGUGUGGAAAAUGCUGAUAAACAAAUCAGAACCAUCCGUCCAGAGCAUGUUGUUCGUUCCGUGUACAAGGCAACAGGCUGCACGGAUAAUGCAAACCAUCAUGUUAUUUAUCUGGAGCAUGUGGUUGUACGUAUAACAAUUACACACCCGCGGCGAGGAGACCUGUCAAUCAACUUAACCUCACCAUCAGGGACAAAAUCACAGCUGCUCGCCAACAGGCUGUUUGAUCACUCAAUGGAGGGCUUUAAGAACUGGGAAUUCAUGACUACUCACUGCUGGGGUGAGAAAGCUGCUGGAGACUGGAUACUGGAGAUCUAUGACUCUCCUUCCCAACUCAGGAGCCAGAAAGCACCAGGCAAGCUGAAAGAGUGGUCUCUGGUACUUUAUGGUACCUCAGUGCAUCCGUACUCAUUCCGCAGUGACAAGCCUCGGUCAGUGGUGGAGUCUCAGACUGAGGACGAGUACAGUGAGGAGUAUGUGGGCUCCUGCCACCCUGAGUGUGGUGAGAAUGGCUGUGAAGGGCCAGGCCCACAGCAGUGCAUCACCUGCCUCCACUACUUCCUCAAGUUCAAGAACAACACCAGGACGUGUGUACCAGAGUGUCCGUCUGGGUUUUUCCGGGACGAUAAGAAGCGUUGUAAGAAGUGCUCUCCGCUCUGUGAGUCUUGUGUUGGCAGCCGCAGUGAUCAGUGUUCCACCUGCCGUCCAGGUCUGUACCUGGUGGAGGGAGCCAACAACUGCGUCAGCUCCUGUCCUGACGGCUUCUAUCUGGACCUUGAAUCCACCAUGUGUAGGAAAUGCAGCGAGAACUGCAAGAAAUGCACCUCGGCGAACAUCUGCACAGAAUGCCGAACUGGUCUCAGCCUACAGGGGAAUAAAUGCCAGCUGAGCUGUGAACCUGGCACCUAUUAUAAUGGGCACCGACGGGCAUGUGAAAGGUGCCACUCGACUUGUGCCACCUGUGCAGGAACUGGCAUGGAAGCGUGUAAUGAGUGCGCUCCGGGCUAUUACUUUGAGGAGUGGCGUUGCGUCUCCAGCUGCAGCGUGGGAUAUUACUUGGCGGAACAAACGACAGACAACGGAGAUGUCCAAAAGUCCUGUCAAAAGUGUGAUCCUACCUGCUACGCUUGUGCAGGGCCGGGGGAGAGGAACUGCAGCACCUGCGUCAACGGCUAUAAUCUGGAAAAUGGUGUGUGUGUCGUCAGCACCAUCUGCAAAGAUGCAAAUGAAGAAUCGUGGGCCGAGGGAAGUUUCUGUGUGCUAGUGAAAAAGAACAAUCUGUGCCAGAGGAAGGUUCUACAGCAGCUGUGCUGUAGAACAUGUUCUCUAAAGGGCUGAAGGAACUUUUCCGGCCCCACUUGCCGCUCACGUUCCGCUAAUUUAUAUUCCAGUCGGGAACCUCGAAUAUGGGACUACAUUGUGAGGUUUCUCGAUGCCAGAACUACAACAAACCUACCUUUAUCUCUGUGUGUCUGUGUGUAUGUGUGCAUGUGUGCGUGUGUGUGUGUCGACAGAAGCUGUCAGGGUGGUGCGACUGGGAUCAGUAAUAAACAGCAAAUCAUACAUGUCAGUAUUUUGUGACCAAAGCAUGGAUGCCAAAUUUUUGUACCUUUUUCUUCAUUUUGGGUCCAGAGAAGAAUUUGGAGUGACAUGCUAAGCGUUGAAGCGGUGGUUCUUUAUUUUUCCACAAGUUUCACGCAUUAUGACAACAGUGAUCAAAGCCAGUUUGUGCAUAUUCUGAAUAAAGCGCACUCAGAGAACCUCUACAAGUUUCAGCAAGACCUCUGUGAGCAAAGGGACGACAUAAACCAUAGCACAGGUUCAUCCGCUGACCUUCAUGACUGCAGUAAAAUCAAUAGCUGCCUCUGGAGGUGCAAGAUACAAUAAUAAGUACUUCCUGAAGCAAUGAGUAUUCUACUAACACUAACGACCUGCCAUUUAGUCAAAGAAAAACGUUGAGAUGAGAUGAAUGCCUUCAUGUCAGGUGGUCUCACUGUUCAGAAAUUCUUCACCUCAGGCUCAGAUCUCUUAUCUGUUUUUGUGUGCGUGUCUGUGUGCGUGUGUGUGUGCGCGUUUCAUUAUCGUUUCAUAAGUGGAAAAAUAGGUUUCGGGAAACCUAAACGUAACCACACCUGGUGUUAGUGUAGCCAUGAAGAAUCAUUGACUGGGCUGAAGUACAGGUUUCAGUGGUGAUAGCUGAAAUGAGGUUUGAAACACUUUUAAUUAAUUUUAUCUUACCAGGCCAUUCGUGAUAUACCUUUAAUAAAAUUAAAUAAAUCCCUAUACAUGCAUUUUUGUAUCGUGCCAUUUCAUGAAGCGGCUCCACAAUAUUAAUCCUGAAUAAUUCAUGUGAAAUGAAUAAGGAACUUUACAAUGUGUGUCCAGGUAGAUCAGGGUCAACAGCCUGACAAAAUGAAUUAAAUCCGUGAAGUGUUACAGUGGUUUUAUGUGUUGGGCCGUGCACCGCAGUGUUUGUUUCAGACGCUUUCUCCGUGAAAAUAUUUAUAUUUUAUUGGUGCAUCAUGCAAAUGAAAAGUUAAAUUGCUCCAUUUUAAUCAACUUUGAAAUGGCCACCUAAAAUAGUUCAUUAUUUCAUGUCUUUAUGAGAGUAAUAAGUCUUUUAUUCACAUAACUGGUGCUAUUGACAUAAUGGAGUUGUUAGAGAAAGCUUUUUGAAUUCACAUUUGUGUCUUGGAUUCGUUGGGUCCAACAAAUAUUUGUGAAUUCAAAUAGAUUUUUAGUUUAGAUUUUUAUUUUUUAUCAUACUGGCCAUAUUUACUGUAUGUCAAUUUUGCAGUAUCCUGGGAAAAGAAAAGAAAAUACUUGAGGGGGAGUGUAUUACAUUUUAAUAAAGGUCAGAAACGAGGUGAAAUGUUUAGUUAUACUAAUAGUACUACACAACACAAAUUAGACUUCUACAUUCAUUAAGGACAUGUUUGACCAAUCCACUUUUGCUCAAUGUUAAGGGGAUUUCUGUGUCUUUUAUUUAUGAAUGAUGUGGUUUAAGAUGACUUAGCCUUUUAUUUAUGAAAAAGAUUUAUAAAUGGUCAUAGUUCAAAUGAGUUGUGUUUUGUGGAUGGCAUUGUCCAGCCACUUCAUGCUAAUUGUGUAUUCAUGACGCAAAAAAAAAAAAGUUGUAGUAUGGUUGUACGUUUUUUUGCGAACUCGAUACAUGCAACGUUACAUAACUAAUGUUAUAUAGAGAAUCAGUCUAUGUUCAAAUGUGUUACAUUUACUCUGUUCUGGCAACGUUUUUUUCUUAAUGUAUAUAUGUAUUUUUAUCAUUAUUAACCUUAAAAUAUAUUUUGCACCCACGUUCAAUUGAAAUAAGGGGGGAAACGGAUGAUGAGUUUUCUAAAAUUAUUUUAUAUUUCUGUUUUUAGCCAACUGCCAUGAACAGUUAGUCUAGAUGAAGAUGUAUUUGUAGUCAGGGCCAAGAAAAAAAAAAAUGUUUUAUCAUGUAGAGAAGACUGGACAAAACGAAUGGUUUACUGAUCUUUUUAUUAAUGAAAUUUAAAAUAAAAACAAGACUCAGAGAGAUGAAA